UCCCCGGCGGGCGCGAGCCCGAUCGCUGCAGCAGCAUCCUCCGGCUCGGUGGCGCGAGCGCGUCCCAGGUUCAAGCUCGUGCAGCUGCCACGGACUGGAGCCGGUCCGGGCAGAACAGCCUUAGGUACUGCUGGCAUCCCACUAAAGCACUGCUUGCUUUGAGACUGCUGCAGCCAACAUUUUCUUUAAUUCCCAGAUACACUUGGCAUGUGCAGUUUAGAAAGACACGCACGACGGGACCCUAUGGAUCGUGCGUGUGACAGUGCAAAACAGCAGCCCCGGCCUGCCAUAAGGCAGCAGAACUGGAGGAGGGAAUGUGCUCUUUGGAGCCCUAGUCAUGGAGCAAGACCCUGUUGUGCGAGGUGCUGUACAAACACAGAACAAACUGUCCCAAAGAGCGUAGCUGCUUUGAACUUUAAACAGGAUGUGGACACGACGGAAACAUGUUUGUUGGUCUCAGUCCAGUUGCCCAAAGAACCAUCUGACAGGUGCACUGGUCAUGAACUUAGAUGAUACUCUCAAAGCAGAGUCAAAAGAUUGAAUGGACCAUUGAGACUGAGACACAUUGCUGGGUAUAACCCUCACCCUGCUACGGCCCAAACGUGGAUACAGCGUGUGACAAAGACCCAAAUGAAGAAUGCAACAAAAUUAUCCAUGAACAUUUGCUGUAAUGUAAAGGUGUCCCCCUUAUGGAAUUCAAAGAACAGUUCGACAUCAUUUAACAUCAACUUUUGUCUAGUCUUUUGAAGAAUGGGCAUGAUCACUUUACAAGGCCAAAUAGAGAAUUCUCCUGUAAACACCAGUAAUCUAAAUUGCAGACUUCCUGGGACUAAGUAAUUUAUAAAAUUGGAUGCCGUACAGACAAUUUGUAAUCAGGAUAAAGAAGCUUGGGGAAAACAAGUAAACCGUUUUUAUAUAUUAAUAAGAUGUUAUUUUAAUUGAAUAUUUAGCAAAACCCCACAAUUAUUAAAUGACAAUAUGAUUAUUGUGACUUCCUACAAGAUCUGACUUAGCAUGUCAGCUGGUUGCCAAUGGAAAAGAGAGAGGAAGAUUAUGGUUCAGUCGAUCUCCAAAGGAUCAAAAGUCAAUACCGCAGUUUUGUAACUCGUCUCUUCAGCACCAUCCAAAGAUGUGAAAUUUGCUUCGCUGCAGAAUCCUAGGGCUGCUUUGGGUGGCAAUAAACAGCUGACUCACGUCUGAGGAAAGCACGACAAUGGGAGUUCUCAAAUGAGCGUGCGGCAGGAAUAGGCCACCACCACCUACUCACUCACACUAAAAGUCUCCAGGAGGCGUUCUCCUGACACCAUGGAGAUUCUGUUCCUGAAAAUGCUUCUGCUGCUGGCUGGCGGUUUAGUUGGGCUCUUCUAUCACCUCUCAGAUCUUUGGGUGGGUGAGAAGAGAACAGUUCAGAACAAACCGAAUUUCAUAGUCAUUUUGGCAGAUGAUGUUGGAUGGGGGGACCUUGGGGCCAACUGGGCAGAAACCAAGGACACUCCUAACUUGGAUCAGAUGGCUGCAGAAGGAAUGAGAUUUGUGGAUUUUCAUUCUGCUGCAUCCACUUGCUCCCCAUCCCGUGCCUCCCUGCUCACAGGAAGGCUCGGCAUUCGCAAUGGAGUGACCCACAACUUUGCUGUCACGUCAGUGGGUGGCCUCCCCCUCAAUGAGACUACGUUAGCUGAGGUUCUGAAGGAAGCAGGAUACAUCACUGCGGUAAUAGGUAAAUGGCACCUCGGGCACAGCGGCCUCUAUCAUCCCAACUUUCGUGGUUUCGACUGUUACUUCGGGAUCCCCUACAGUCACGACAUGGGUUGUACUGACACCCCAGGCUACAACCUCCCUCCCUGUCCGGCAUGCCCUCGACACUCUGCAGCCACGAGCAGCCAUGGGAGAGAUUGUUACACCAAGGUGGCUCUUCCUCUCUUUGAAAACAUCACCAUCAUCCAACAGCCUGUGAACCUCGCUGGCUUGGCUGCAGAGUAUGCAGAAAAAGCAACUCAGUUCAUCCAGCGUGCAAGUGAAAGCGGACGCCCGUUCUUCCUAUACCUAGCGCUGGCCCAUAUGCACGUGCCCUUGGUCCUCGCUCAGCCUCCCUCCAGCUCCUCGUUCCCUGAGCCAUACCGAGCCAGCCUGAGGGAGAUGGAUGCCCUGGUGGGACGGAUAAAGGACAAAGUUGACGGCUGCGGGAAGGAAAACACAUUCCUUUGGUUCACAGGAGACAACGGCCCUUGGGCUCAGAAGUGCGAGCUUGCAGGGAGCGUGGGCCCGUUCUCUGGGGCAUGGCAAAGGCAACGAGGUGGGAGUGCAGCCAAGCAAACGACCUGGGAAGGGGGACAUCGUGUUCCGGCGCUGGCUUAUUGGCCUGGCAGGAUCCCUGCAAACGUGACGAGCGCUGCACUGUUGAGCACCACAGACAUUUUCCCCACCUUGGUGUCCCUGGCAAAGGCAAGCCUGCCUCCUAACAGGCGCUUUGAUGGUUCAGACAUGUCUGAGAUUCUCUUCGGGCAGUCGCACCAAGGGCACAAG